GAGGGGACAGAGGGUAUGCACUACAUCUGACGUCAGAAUCUUGCUACAAAGAUAAGCCGCGAGCCUUAAUAUGAAGUACAAUGUUCGUCCAUUUAGGAAGAGCGAUCGAGCUCCGGCGGCCUCGCGUCGGUGCGCACACCGCUCAACACCUGAAGGGCGACGGCGCACAGCAGGCCGCUCUGCAGCACACACCUGAUACACCUCCCUCGUCCUCUGCACGCAGUCUGGAAGCAGCCCACGGGGCAGAGCAGGAACUAUGAGGGGAGCGACUCAGACCGACGACACCGCGUUGCGCGUAAUGAAGGGCAGUCUGGAAUAAUUCGUCCGCACGAGCGCAGGAAGAGAAAAUGGGAAUGGCGAGUGAGGAUCUGCUCGUGACACUCCAGAUUCUACCUGGUUUCUUUUCGAAUUGUCUUUUCCUCGCCCUGUACGACUCCGUGGUGUUGGUGAAGCGCGUUGUGUCGCUGCUCAGCUGCUCCCGGUCCGCAGGCUCCGGAGAGUGGCGCCGCAUGCUGACCUCAGCGGGGCUCCGCUCCAUCUGGAACAGCUUCCUGCUGGACGCCUACAAGCAGGUAAAACUCGGCUGCGAGGCACCCAACUCCAAGCUGGUAAAGGUGCCUGAUGUCCCCCGGUGGAGCAGCAGUUUCAGCAACAUGACAAAUAUGCCUCCUGGUGCCAGGAUCCGAACUGGAGACGAGUGCCGCCUCCUGGAUUUUGAGUCAUCAGAUCGCCCUCUGGUGGUCAACUUUGGCUCGGCCACCUGACCCCCCUUCAUCAGCCACCUGCCAGCUUUCCGGCAGUUGGUGGAGGACUUCAGUGACGUCGCUGAUUUCCUGCUAGUGUACAUUGAUGAGGCUCACCCAUCUGACGGCUGGGUGGCCCCUCCCAUGGGCCCUUGCUCUUUCAGUGUGCGGAAGCAUCAGAACCUGGAGGAGAGGAUAGGGGCGGCGCGCCAACUCAUUGAGCAGUUUUCCCUGCCACCGCAGUGUCAGCUGGUCGCUGACUGCAUGGACAACAAUGCUAAUGUGGCUUAUGGUGUGUCCAAUGAACGGGUGUGUAUAGUGCAACAGAGAAAGAUUGCCUACCUGGGUGGGAAGGGGCCUUUUUUUUACAAUCUGAAGGAUGUGCGGCAGUGGCUGGAACAGAGCUACGGUAAACGGUAAUGAAAGGAGGAAUGAAGGACAAAUACAGAGGAGGACAUGUCCCAUAUUUAAGUAGGGAAAUAAGAGCUUGUUCGGUUUUGUAUAAAGACAAAUCAAAAGGCGUGUUAUGGUCAGUAGUGGAAAGUACAUUUACUCAAGUACUGUCAAGUAAGGUACUUUUGAUUGAGUACUUCCGUUUUAUACUAUGCUCCACUACAAUUCUGAGGGAAAUAUUUUUGCUCCACAACAUUUAUUUGAUAAUUUUUUUCUGGUUACCUUGCAGCUUCAGAUAAUAAUACAAAAUAUAAUCGACCAAUACAUGAUUAUGUAUUAUUAUUAUGAGACAAAACUUUAUUGAUCCCAAUUCUAUGGUUGUGUGUUGGUAAGACUCUGGCAAUACGAUAUGUAUCAUUAUACAGGGGUUACAGGGCAAUUUUUUUUAAAACAACACAUUUUAGGAAUACUGUCAUGGUAUAGGAUUUAGUACAGUGUUUUUGAGAAUUGAUAUAAUAUUACAAAACAAAAUAUUGUCAUGCGAUAUUUUGGAACAUUUCUCACACCUGGCAAUAUAUAUCAGGACAUUAAUGCAUCCAUAAUUAUUCAAUUCCAUUAAAUUUUAUUUGUUUAGCGCCAAAUCAUAACAGAAGUUAUCUCAGGACACUUUUCAAAAUA